AUGUUGCAUGCUCAGGUGCUUCUCUUCGGUUGGGGUGCCGCUGCCGAGGAAGUUCUGAAGGAAUUGUCUUCGGUCGGCACCGAGCAGGUGGGUGGAAGCUUGCCUUCGUCCGCUAUUUUGUGUAUCUCUCAGACAUCACAGGCCAAAGACUGUGACUUGCGGGACGUUUGCGCAGCUCUUGGCUGCGAAUGCGUACUCUGCGACAGUGAAGCCGAAAUCCUGGAGAAGGCGCGUGGUUUUCGACCAGACUUGAUUGUCUCUGCGUCUUACAGGAAGAAGUUGCCUUCCAGCGUGUUGAGCCUCUGCCCCGACUGUAUCAACUUUCACCCUUCCCUGCUGCCCAAACAUCGGGGCUGCUGGUCGGGCUUUUGGUGCAUUUUUGAGGGAGACAGCGAAACUGGCGUCACAUGCCACCGCAUGGUGGAGGCAUUUGACGCGGGGCUUGUGUUGCACCGAGAACACAUUGCAGUGGAAGCAGUGGACACGGCCUUCACCGUCUACCGCAAGCUCCUGCCUGUGACGGCGCGGUGUGCGCGACAGGUGUUCCGCUGGUACUUCAGUUCUGAAGGUCUCCCUGCAGGCGAAGAGCAGAAAGGCGAAAGCUCCUACCACUAUAGGAAGCUUCCGUUUGAUGGUCUCAUCCAGCAGGAGUGGUCUGACCAGCAGGUAGAGCGCUUCAUUCGGGCGAUGAACUUUCCGCCUUUUGAUGGCGCCGCCAUCCUGGUGGAUGACAAGCGGGUUUUGGUGGACUCACUUGAGGUGCAAUCCAUCUUGGGCCAUGCCUUGCCUCGACUGCCCUGCUUGGCGCACCCGGUUGCCUCAGGCCCUGUGAAGCAUCGGGAACAGCCGUUGAAGUACCGACCUACUCACUGGAUAUGGAGGCUGGCACGUCAUGGGCAAGCCUCCCAGACCAAGGCCUACUCAAUUCCAUCAAGGUCUUGUCUCAACAUAGCUCAUGUCCUGAGAAGGGGCUGCACUGCCAAGACGGGAAUGGUGGCUGCCUUGUCCUACGGCAUUGUCACGUCCUGUGCCUUUUCUGUCUCGCUGCAUGUCGUGAGGUCCGACGACUGGGCCUUCCCCAUCACACGGCCGUUGCCACUUUCCCUGGGCUACCAGGAUGUGAACCUCGGGGCCGUUGCAAAGGAGGUGUACCCGCGGUCUUUCACCCUGAGCUCAGGACAUGAGGUGUAUCCCACAGUUGGAUGCGCGGGACGCAACAUCGAGCGACCAUCGAUUGCACGUUCGGCUGCAAGAUCAGCAUCGCCAGUUGCAGCAUAUAGCUUGCCAGCGCAGGUUGCGAGAUCAGUGAGCCCGAUGGGUCCAGCUUCAGCCAGCAGCCUAGCAACUCGUCCCCUUGUCUACUCGGGGUCCGCGGAGGCAGUGGCUUCGACUGCACCCUAUGCACCAGUGCUUCCCCCCACAAGUGGGGCGUACAUGGCUCCACGGCCUUCCAUGAGAUGCAUUGCAUGGUCACGAGGCCCAGUCACAUGGACCACAAGCCAGUUGGCCAGUGAUGCUGGUGCUGGAGAGCAGCGUGCGCGAAGCGAGAGCCCACUCAGCCCUGCCAGAGUGCGGGCUGAAGAGGCUUCCGCUGUCAAGCGGCAGGAAGGUGAUGAAGGGGCACCUUUGAACAAGAACAACGGCCCACCGUCUGAGAGCUUGGGGGCGAGCCCUGCCCCUCCGCCAUUGCCACUUUCACUGGGCUACAAGGAUGUGGGGCCCCACGUCGGCCUUGGCACUGAAAACCAGGUGUAUCCAAUGCGCUACGUGGCCAGUUACACUGACAGCCAGCAGAUGCCGACAGUGGCUGCUCUGGGGAACACCCACACAGUGGCUUCGCUGUCAUCUGCAGCUGCGUCGACGUCGCCGUGGACGGCACAGCGGUUGACUGCCCAGGCUGUCAAGCGGCAGGAAGGUGAUGAAGGGGCACCUUUGAACAAGAACAACGGCCCACCGUCUGAGAGCUUGGGGGCGAGCCCUGCCCCUCCGCCAUUGCCACUUUCACUGGGCUACAAGGAUGUGGGGCCCCACGUCAGCCUUGGCACUGAAAACCAGGUGUAUCCAAUGCGCUACGUGGCCAGUUACACUGACAGCCAGCAGAUGCCGACAGUGGCUGCUCUGGGGAACACCCACACAGUGGCUUCGCUGUCAUCUGCAGCUGCGUCGACGUCGCCGUGGACGGCACAGCGGUUGACUGCCCAGGCAGCACGGGGAAGACCGAUGAGCCAGACGAUUUCGAACGGAUUCUUCGUGGCACGCCCCUUCGAGACAGCUUGCUCUGGCCAAGUUGAGGUGUCGCAACCCUUCUCCCAGGGCAGCCACUUGAGAUGCGUUUCGUGGUCACCAGGUGCCACCGCAGCACAAGUGCCGAUGGGGAGCCAGGAAACCUGGUUCCGGCAAGGCAUCCAAGGCAGCUCGCCGCCGCUCUCUGGGAGCGUGGGCCAGUACGUAAGCCCGUUCAAGUGCCUGCCCGCCGGAUGCGCCAGACACGAAUGGCAUCCUGAGGCUCAGCGUCCAGCUGUCGGCCCCGCGCCCGUUCUGAAAGCGACCAGCUUUCAGCAGCCGUUGGCCGAAACGGCAAGCCGGCUACAGCAGAAGGCGUCGCAACCACCCUCCCAGGGCAGCCACUUGAGAUGCGUUUCGUGGUCACCAGGUGCCACCGCAGCACAAGUGCCGAUGGUGAGCCAGGUUCUGCCGUACAGCAGGGAGCCCUCAGACAGCUGGUUCGUUCCAGGAAUCCAGACUAGCAGCUCGCCUCCGCUUUGUGGCAGCGUGGGCCAGCGCGUGAGCCCAUUCAAGUGCUUACCUGCUGGAUGCACCCGACACGAAUGGGAUCCUGAGGCUCCGCGUCCACCUGCCGAGCCCGCACCCGUGACGCAAGCCUCAGACUUUGAGCAGCUCUUGGCCGAAGCAAAAAGCAGGUUGCAGCAGAAGGUAAAUGCCGCCGUGACCAGAUACAUGGAGGCGCCGGAGCCAGCGGAGCCCGCGAAGCCCGCGGAGCCCAUCGCGCCCGGAGAGCUGCCCGAGCGAGCUUCAAAAGAGCUGCCAAAGCUUGGGCCCUGUGAAAAGAAGUCUGGGUUAUUGGGGGUGCAAGAUCAAGACAUGCCGAAGUUCGCAGAGGUCAAGCCCGAGUCCGAUCAAGAGCAAGAAGGACAGCAGUGGCCUGGCCAAGCUCAAGGCACGGUGCCGCAACUGCUCGCAACGCUGACAGGGCUGAGGGCGCACAAGUUCGUUAAGUGGUUGCAGUACAGUGAGGAGCAGAUACAGAAGGAGACGGAUGCAUAA